AUGGGUAGUGAUGUAGGGCUUAGGACUUCUUGCAACUACCGUCAUUCAUCUUAUGCAUGUGAUCCUACUAGAAAUGGCACAUCUACUUUAAUGCAACAUUGGAAUGUCCAAUGCAAGGGGUGUUCUCCAUUGAAAGAGGAUAAUAAACAAAAAGUUCUUUCAUUUGAGAAUAAGGGAGGGUUAGGGUUUAAGUACUUUAUGAGAAGGGCACAACCCAGAUUUGAUCCAUCGUCUCGUAUGACCAUUGCUAGAGAUGUGUGGUCAAUCUUUGAAGAGGAAAAUACCAAAUUAAAGAGUACCUUGAGUGUAAAAGAGUGUCUCUUACUACCGACACUUGGACUUCUAUUUAAAAUGUGA